CCCUUUUUAAUUUUUUAAAUUUAAUUUAAGCAAAUAUGGCCAAAAACCCGACAAUAACCGACGAGAUGGAAAUGGUGAUCCAGCAAGGAAACACCCUGCUGCCGGAUCUGCACAUACGCCCCAGCGACCUCGCCAACCCGACAGAGGCUUUCCUCACCAAAGUCUAUGUUCACUAUUUGCGCUGCUUUGGACUUCGUGUGGACCCACCAUUCAAUGUUGACAACGAGAGCACUGAUACGUCGCGGGAGAAGCGCGUCUUCCUGAUCAAGCUGUGCCGCCAAGUGGAGCGGAUAGUGCAAGUCACUUUUCCCAACAAGACGUACACAUACCUGGACAUUAUCAGGCCAGCUCCAAAGAAGACAAUCAAAACACUAGAUCCCCUGUUCAACUACUUGGCCUACUACAAAAUGUUUAAGAGGUCGGUUCUGAUGCCCGUCGAGGAGAGUAUUAAAACGCGGGAAGCCCUCAUCGCUGAAAUCACAUCCAAGCGCUGUCAGUUGGAGAAUCGAAAAGAGAAAGCAGCCACUGUUAAAACAGAUAUUGAAAACUGCCAAGCCUCCAUAAACGAGUUGCACGAGGAGCUGCCCAGGGCUCAAGCCGAGGUGGCCAAAGAUAACAAGACAUGUGCCGAACAGAGAUUAGAAAUGGAUUCGCUGGAGAACCAGCAUACAGAGCUCACCAAUCAGAUCCGCCACUGGGAGCAGCUGGUCGUGGAGGAUGACGAGGUGCUGACUCUAAAGAAGCAAAUCGAAGACAUUUCACAAGAUAUAGAGAAUUGCAAGGAUGAGUUGGCCGGCCAGGAAAAAGUCUUCAACGAUCAACGCCAUCAAAUAGAAACCAAUCUGAAUAUGGUCAAUGAGAUAGAGAAGGCCUUGGAAGUGCUGCCGUCCAAUUGUUUGGACGAGUACAAGGAGAACCUCAAGCAGCAGGAGCUCGUAGAGAAGCAGCUGUCAGCCCUGGAGGCCCAGAAUCAGAAGAUCCUCAACGAAAUUGAGACCAACAACGUGGAGCUCCAGCAGUCCGCCGAGCAGUUCCAAAUAUGCAAGCACAAGUACGAUGAGGAGUGCCAAAAGCUCCAGCAGCAAAUCGAUGCGCGAAAGACCGCCUUUGAGGAGCAGAAAAAAACUGAGGAAGAGCGAACCAAGAACAUGGAAGCAUUGCAGAGACAAUUACAAGAACAAGAACUAAUGGGCAAAAUGAUUGAAGAGAUGUUUCUGGAACUUGGCAAAAACGGAAAAUCCACUUAAUAUAUUGAUUUUAUUCUAAAUUUAA